ACCUCUUGCCAAAACUUGCCGAGCUGAAAAACCCAUAAAAUACAAAAACGAGUGAUGAGUUUAAAUAAAGACAAUCGCUGGCAACAUUGUCAGGGGAAGAGACAUUUUUGUUUACGUAUUUGGUCACACUGCAAUGUCCACUAUCGUAUAUUCUAGGAGAUCUGAUAAAUGACGUCAUUUAUGUAAUACGUCUUAUCAACACUCAACACUGUUCGUGUUGUAAUAAGAAUAAGGGACUGGGAUUUUCGAUAUGUUUUUAACUUGUUGUUUGUUGAUUUAAAGUUCUGUUGGAUUUUGAUUAUGUACUAUUAUUAUUAAACUUGAAUUAUAAAUUUAAAGGAGUGAAGCUCUUUUUCCGAUAGUUACACAUUAGUUCUAACAAAUGUUGAAGUAAAUAUGAACGUUAAACGAAAAAUUUUGCCCAUUAUAUGUUUGAUGUCAGCCUAUGUACGCUGGGUUAAGCCACGGCUGUUCUCGGCGUCUGCAUCUAAAGGUGGUAAAUCCCUGUUAUUACACUUAUGUGCUCGAUCUCGGUUUCUCAUACCGAUGAUUGUUUUCACUGCGUUUUGGAUAUUUGACGCACAAAUGCAAAUUGAAGCUUCGGUCAGUUUGACGCUCAGUCGUAAUGUUCGUAUAACGAUUGGACCUGACGGUCCGGAACCUGAGUUAGAUGUUGAUGAUGAUGACGAUACUGACGCUGAAGUUUAUGAAGAUUCUUAUAGUUCUGAUACAUUCUCACCCUCUCUACCAUACUCACACUCGUCAGAUCUCAGUUUGUUUGCUUUGGACGAUUUAGAAUCUGCAUUACAAGAGUUUGUUGAAAGUGAAACUGUCCAAAGGAUGUCUCAUAGAAACGACAAUUUAUGAACUACAACUCGGCAUAUGAUGGUUAUAACCUAUGAACAUGUACAUUUAGUAUAUAGGUUAUUUCACAUUGAAGAAAACAAUUUAUUGAUAUUUAUUCUAUUUAAUAUGAUUAAGAUUAGAUCAUAAUACCAAAAGGCUGUAUAACAGUUUCUCGCUAGACUUUGAUUGUUGUACAACUGAUGUAUAUAAUAAUAUUAUGUAGGUACAUAAUAUACAAAUUAUUUUAAUUAAUUUAUAAUCAUUUAAUAAUAUUUAACUCAUCAAAUGGCAAGAUGUUGUUGGCUGUUAUUUUAAUAUCAAGGUUGAUAUAUAUAUAUAUGUUUUAAUAAUAAGUACAGUAAAAACAACAUUGUUACAAAUCAUUAAACAUUGAGCACUUAAUUAAAGAAAACUCACUCUCCAAAGUAUGUAGAUAUUUGGUAUGAUUUUACUCUAAACAUAAUUGAAAAUUGAAAUGUAACAAACGUACAUAAAUGUAUUGUUGGUACCAAUUAAAAGACUGAUGUAUAAAUUUUGUGGCAGUAUUUAGAGUUAAAAUUUUUAUAUUUUAUCUAUUGUAUACAUUUUAAUUAACAAUUAA